CCAAAGUAUGAAACUGGGGGAGUAUCAACUUAAUUUUAAAUAAAAUAAAAAAUAAUAAAAAAUUCUUCUCCGAAGCUCAUUUCUCCUCCAAAUCAACUCGUCCUUUUGCAGAUCCGACCGUUAGCUGAAGCCACAUUCUGUCUCCUCCACCACCAUGCCCACCACCACCACCGUCAGAUCUAUCUCUUUCCUCGCCUUCACCGUCAUUCUCAUCUCUUCGCCCGUUUUAGCAUCCGAGUCGGAUCACAAGUAUGAAGCAGAGGAGCAUGUAACUCUUUGGGUGAACAAGGUUGGUCCAUACAACAAUCCACAAGAAACUUAUAAUUACUUCAGCCUUCCAUUUUGUCGUCCAUCUGGGAAUUCUGGGCACAGGUGGGGUGGCUUGGGUGAGGUUCUUGGUGGAAACGAACUUAUUGAUAGCCAAAUUGAUAUCAAGUUUGGAAAAAAUACUGACAAGACAACCAUAUGUGAGCUUGAACUUGAUCCUACCAAGGCCAAACAAUUCAAAGAUGCAAUUGAAAAUUCCUAUUGGUUUGAAUUUUUUAUUGAUGAUUUACCUCUAUGGGGUUUUGUGGGAGAACUGCAUUUUGAUAAAAACGUUGAAAAUGCUAAACGUGUUCUAUAUACCAACAAAAACUUUAUAAUCAAAUAUAAUGGCAAUCAGAUCAUUCAUGUUAAUCUCACUCAGGACAGUGCCAAGCCAGUGGAAGAAGGGAAGGUCUAUGACAUGACGUACACAGUCAAAUGGAUUCCUACAAAUGUUCCUUUUGCCAAGCGUUUUGAUGUAUAUUUGGAUUAUCCCUUCUUUGAACACCAGAUCCAUUGGUUCUCCAUUUUCAAUUCGUUUAUGAUGGUCAUUUUCUUGACUGGAUUGGUGUCUAUGAUAUUGAUGCGUACUCUUAGAAAUGAUUAUGCGAAGUAUGCUAGGGAAGAUGAUGAUUUGGAAACCUUGGAAAGGGAUGUUAGUGAAGAGUCUGGUUGGAAACUUGUUCAUGGGGAUGUUUUCCGUUCUCCGCGCAACUUAGCUCUGCUUUCAGCUGUUGUUGGUAACGGGGCCCAGCUGGCAACUCUGGUUCUCCUUGUUAUCAAUCUGGCAAUUAUUGGAAUGUUGUAUAUAGGGAGGGGAGCCAUUGUCACAACAUUCAUUGUUUGUUAUGCCUUGACAUCAUUUAUAUCAGGUUAUGUGAGUGGUGGAAUGUACUCUCGUAAUGGUGGUAAAAGUUGGAUAAAGACGAUGAUUCUGACAGCUUCCCUAUUCCCAUUCUUGUGCUUUGGAAUCGGAUUUGUCUUGAACACUAUUGCUAUAUUCUAUGGAUCUUUGGCUGCCAUCCCGUUUGGGACUAUCGUAGUAGUUUUUGUCAUUUGGGCUUUUAUCUCGUUCCCUCUCGCACUCCUUGGAACUGUAGUUGGACGAAACUGGAGCGGAUCUCCAAACAAUCCAUGUCGGGUGAAGACUAUACCUCGACCCAUCCCUGAGAAGAAAUGGUAUCUGACUCCAUCAAUUAUAUCUCUUAUGGGUGGAUUGCUACCCUUUGGGAGCAUCUUCAUUGAGAUGUAUUUUGUUUUCACAUCCUUUUGGAAUUACAAGGUAUACUAUGUUUAUGGAUUCAUGCUCCUUGUAUUCCUGAUUCUCAUCAUUGUUACUGUUUGUGUGACGAUUGUGGGAACAUAUUUCUUGCUGAAUGCUGAAAACUACCACUGGCAAUGGACUUCAUUCCUUUCUGCCGCGUCCACUGCCAUCUAUGUCUACCUAUACGCAGUUUACUACUAUCACGUGAAGACCAAGAUGACGGGUUUUUUCCAGAUCAGCUUUUAUUUUGGCUACACUUUGAUGUUCUGCCUUGGGCUGGGAAUUCUUUGUGGGGCUGUUGGAUUCAUGGGAUCCAACCUUUUUGUACGUAGGAUCUACAGAAACAUCAAGUGCGACUAAGUUAUGCAGCUCGUCUCACAAACAUAUUGGGUUGCUAUUACCAACUUGGAAAUGGGAUUUCUGUGAAUACGAGAAAAUUAUAUCAGGAAUUGGGAAGGAGGAUGCUAGGGUAGAUAAGGCGAAGCUAAGCUUUGUGAGAUUGUGAGAAUAUGUAAUUUUUGUCACAGGAAAUACACAAUUUUUCACUGUAACUUUUGUAGUUAUACUUAUAUGGAAGAAAUGGAAUUUGAGAAGUACCCUUCAUUUCGA